ACGUAGUAUCACAACUGCAGAAUUUAAAAAAACAAUUAAAAUUGGUUUUUAGUGAUAUUUAAAUCUAAUUUUUUGUUUUAAAAAUAAUUAAUUAUUCAAUUUUUUUUAAAGUUAUUUGUCCGUAUGUUAUAUUAAUAAUAUGAAAAUACUAAAAAAUACAUAAAAAAAAUUAAUUAAAGUAAAUGUUAUCCAGAUAGCUAUGGAUUUUAAUACAUUACUCUAUCAAGCACAAAAAAAUAACCACAAAGAUAACUAUGUCAAUUAUUAUAAAGCAUCUUUGGAUCCUCCAAAAAAGGAAACUAAAGAAAAAAAGUUAUCAGAUAAUAUAAAAAAAUUCUUAGCUAAAAAAGAAGAAGAAGAAAAACAAAAAAAGUUGGAAGAACGAAGAAAGAAAGAAGAAUUAUUAUCUUUGCGUAGUCAAGAUAGGAAGUCUUUUAAAAGAGUUCAGUCCAUGUUAAAUCGAACCAAAUCAGCAAACAAAGCUGUUAUAGAAGAUGCAAAAGAUGAUGUUAAUACAUCUGUUACUAUGGCUGGACAUCAACAGCCUGAUGAAGAUGAUUAUGGUUAUGUAUCAAAAGAUGCCAUGGAUAUCUAUAAUAAUAUUAUUAAUAAAUAUGUUAACACACCAGCAGACUCGAGAAGCUGUAAAGUCACAAGCAAUAAAUCAUCAGAUAUCUCUGGAACUAAGGAUCGAGUUAAAGCAGCUUUACUUAAAGAAGAAGAAGACCAACUGUUACCUCAUAAACGUAAAAGAAAAUCAAAAGACAAUGAUAAUGGAGAUGAUAUUUGUAGUGAUAGUGAACCACAACAGAAGAAAAAUAAAUCUGAUUCUAUUUCUGACCAACAUAAAAAGCGUCCUUCUCAACCACCUCCAAUGAAUUUUCAAGAACUGCUUAAAAUUGCUGAAAAGAAACAGCAUGAACCAAUUAUUAUUGAAAAAAAAGUCAAAGAGGAGACUACUCCGAUGAUGACUAAAAAAGAAAAAGAAAAAUAUUUAGAAGAGAAAAAGUUAGAAGCCAUGAGAAUAGCUCGAAGACAAGGUAAACCAAUUUUACCUUCACUAGAUAAAUCUAAAGAUCUAAAAUCAACAGAAAAAUUGAAAUUUCCAUCUUCUAAGAUUGAUCCACAUGCAGAAGAAAAACUUAAAAAGAGUUCAUCUGUUUGGGCAAAAGAUUUGAAAAUCAAUAAAGAGCUCAAUAACAACAAGAAUAAAUAUUUACCUCAAAAAGUAAGUGAGUCUGAGGUAAGAUCUAAUGGAAAACAUGAAAAAUAUGUACCUCGACAACCAAAUCAUUCUUAUAUAAUAUCUAAUGGAAAACAUGAAAAAUAUGUACCUUCACAACCAAAUCAUUCUGAGAUAAAAUCCAAUGGAACACAUCAAAAAUAUGUUCCACAAAGUGUUCCAGAAAAAUAUAUACCUAAAGAAAAAAAACGAUAUAGUUCCGAAGAUGAAAGAUAUUCGCCAAAACCUAAAGUUAUAAUGUUGCUAGAUGAAAAGUAUGUACCUAGAAGUAAAAAUAACUCUUUAGAUAAAUACUCUCCAAGUCUUAAAUAUAAUUCCACUAGUGAUAAAUAUGUGCCUAAACCAAAAUCAAAUAACAAAUACUCUGAAAAUUCAAAAUCUGAUAAAUGUUCUAAGCCUCAUAGUAUAACUUUUAGUGAUAAGCAUUUACCAAAAUCUACUAAACUUAAUGAAAAAUAUGUACCGAGCUCAAAAAAUACUUCUGUAGAAAGAUAUUCCCCUAAACCAAAAUCUGUAAGUUCACAUGAAAAAUAUGUACCUCAAAUGCAGAAUUCAAGAUCUUCAAAUAAAUAUCUGUCUAGUACAAAAUCACAAUCUACUGAAAAAUAUUAUCCUGAGCCUUCAUCAUGUUCAAAUAAAAGUAUUAAAUCAAAUCCUGAAAAAUAUAUUCCAUCUACAAUUGAUAAGUCUAAAAAAACUGCCUAUGAAGCUAAACCUAAACACCUUCCCCCUAAAGAUAAGGUGCCCAAACAAUUCCCUCCUAGAGACAUGAUAUCAAAGCAAUUUCCACCUAAAGAUAUGAUACCAAAACGGUUUCCACCAGAUGAUGUUCAAAGAAGAAAUAAUCGCUCUAUGCCUAUUCGAAGUAAACAACUUGUAAUUGAAUCAGAUUCAGAUGAAUAUGACUCAGAACUUGAUGAUUUUAUUGAUGAUGGACCAGAAGAUGAAGCUGACUAUUCAAGAGUUAUUUCUGAAAUUUUUAAAUAUGAUAAAAAUAAAUAUAGAGGAAUGGAUGAUGACGAUGAUGAAUGUAUGGAAUCAGAUUUCCGUACUCUUCAAAAAGAAGAAUAUCGUAGUACAAGAGCUGGUUUAUUGGAAGAUCUUGCAGAUAUUCGAAGAGAAAAAAUGAUGACGAAGAAACGGAAAAAACUAUAGUUAAAAUAAAUUUAUACAGUUAAAAACUAUAAUAUAUUUGAAAACUACAAUCAUGCACUUGAUUUGUUUAUACAAUGAAUACAUUCAUUUAAAUUGAUUUUACUGUUACCACUUUUUUUAUUAAUUUGUUUUUUAUGACUUUCAUUAUUUUGAUUGUUAUUUGUUUUUCUUAUUAUCAGUUUUCAUAUUUUUUCAUAAUGUACUUUCUAUUAAGUUGAUUGUUAACUUAUUUAGUUUUAAUUAAUAUUUACAUUUGUUAUACAACUGUUGGAUUACAAAUUAUGUACAAUGAAAUUUGUAAAAUCAAUUAAUUACUUUAUAAUUAUUUGCGUGAUCAAAUAAUGACAAUUAAUAAUCAUUUAACACAAAUAGGUUAAUCU